UAAUCAGCGAGCAAAAAGUUGCCCCGCGCUUGUUAGGUUCCGUUCUUGUUCCGUUAUCAAAAUCUCGCGAUCGCCUCGUCUUUCUUUUCUUAAAUCUCUCCCUUGCUAAUCGUACCUCCUCACUAUAACAAGUUCUGAUCUGCCGUGUUUUUUCGUUCUGAUACCGCAUCCCGAUACCCAUCCGCUUUCCCUACUUCCAACACUCUUGGUUUUUCCAGACGCAAUGGCUCCUCGUACCGAGUAUGUUUAUUCUGCUUGACUAACAUUCAAGCAUUGUUCGAUCGCGAGCGUUAUACUGACCAGAUCUCACUCUCUAGUUUCCCACCUGUUCGGGCCUGUCUUUUCGACAUGGACGGCCUCCUUCUCGACACCGAAGACAUCUACACCAAGUGUGUCAACAUCAUCCUCGAAAAGUAUGGCAAGGGAACUCUCCCAUGGUCUAUCAAGGCCAAGCUUCAGGGCCGCCCUGGUCCUCAGGCCAAUAAGAUCUUUCACGACUGGGCUCAGCUCCCCAUCACCUCCGAAGAGUACGUCGCCGAGAACACGAUGCUCCAGAAGCAGCUGUUUCCCCACACAAAGCCUCUCCCUGGCAUCGUCGACUUGCUUGGCCACCUAGGCCGAACCCGAUACUGGGAGGUCAAGGAUGGUGCUAUCACUGAAGCUAAGGACAAGUCCAGCAGUGAGCCUCAACGUGUUCACAUCGCUCUGGCCACUAGCUCUCAUCUUGGCAACUUCCGUGUCAAGACAAACCACCUCGAGGAGCUUUUUGCUGUUUUCCCUUCCCACCGCCGUGUUCUUGGAGACGAUUCCCGCCUGACUCCCGGCCGUGGAAAGCCUCUGCCCGACAUCUUCCUUCUCGCUCUGAAGACCAUCAACGACAGCCUUCCUGCUGGCGAACGACCCAUCACCCCCGAGGAGUGUCUUGUUUUCGAAGAUUCAGUCCCUGGUGUCGAGGCUGGUCGUCGUGCCGGUAUGCGCGUGAUCUGGUGCCCCCACCCGAUGUUGAAGAAGGAGUACGAUGGACGGGAGGCUGAGGUCCUCGCUGGGCGCACUGGUGAGGCUGGAGAAGUCGAUCUCCAUCAGGUUGGUGAGAUUGACGAUGGCUGGGCCGAGUACAUGCUCAGCCUUGCUGACUUCCCCUACGAAAAGUUUGGCAUCGUCGUACCUCCUAUCGAGGUUGAGAAGGAAGAUUGUAUGAAAGAGAUACCCGAAGAGAUUGUUGCUGAAGUCUAGGAGACUGAGCCGAUCAUUUCUGGCGGGCCGCUGGUGAUGAAGAAGUCGUUGGACUUUGGUCCGCGCAACUAGAUGCAUGGCAAAUGCGCCAUUUUUCGUGUUACUUCUGGCGAAUUACCAUUGAUGAGAAUAUGACGAGAACUGAACGGAUUAGACAAAAAGGUGUGGUGUAAAGAAUUUGCUACUAUAUAGUUGGCUUGCUUUGUUGCGUUCUUCACACACGAGAAUAGAUAAGGAAUCUCAGGACAUGAUACCCAAGCAAGAAUCCAUUACCUAUUUUUAUGUGACAUGUCAU